AUGGGUGAGCGGGACGAGAUCCAUGAAGCGCCGCAGACGACGGUCGAAGAUGUUACCCCCGAAGACACCGUCUGUGUCAAUCACGAACAUGCCGAACGUAUGGAUGGCGCUUUCCUCUCUAUCGUCUUGAGUGCAUCAAUUCCAUGCGGCCUGGUGAUCAUCGUCUCGGCCAUCUUACUUGGAGUCAUCUAUGGCUUCGAGGUCGACCGCAAUCAGGGAUGGCCCCAAUUGCUACUCGCCAAGGAUGAGGGUGGCCAGUUGGGACUGUGGGCAACGCUCAACGACUGGAAAAAGACAGGAGGAGGUGCGGCCAUAUUUGUCGACUUUAAUCCUUCCUCUCUUACUGCGAUCGCCUCAUUGACCGGGAAGAUCAUCCCGUACCUGUCGAGCUCCAUCAUGGCGCUUGUUGCCUUUUUCGUCGCACGGCGGGUUAUUCUUAUAUCUCAGCAAGGCAAGAGUCACGAACUGCUGUCGCCUCAUCAAAUGUCCAUCUUGAUCGGGCUACUUGGUGGUAAUAGCUACGGGCCUUUGAAGGAUUGCGUUCACUACCACGUUAAGCACAAGAAACGAUGGUUGGCCCCAAUCCCACACGCGUUUUCGGCACUGGCAAUUGUAACGGCACUAGCACUCGUCAUCCCUAUUGUCGAUACCUGGUUUGCAACUACCGUGACUCCCGGCAAAGUCACAGUCGUGAAAAAGUUUCUCGUUGAAAAUGCUACGACUUACGGUCGUGGCACCAACUAUACGGUUGAUCCUUAUUAUUCACUGAACGCCGAUAAUUGUAAUUAUGACCAGUGGUACUCUAUCAACCAGAUCUCAGGUCUCAAGUUCCCAUGUAACGCAUUAUGGUGGGACCAGAAUAACACAGCUACGGGCAAUGAUAGUGUCUUGACGAACACGACGGACUGGGACUACAGCAUUCUCAACAUCAAUGAAAUCUCCCAGACGAUUGCCAACCAGUCAAGCAAGAAUGCCAUCAUCGUGUGGCCUCCACAAAACCAAACAGUCAACAGCCACCACUUCCUGGCCGCUCUCAAUCUUGACACAUCAGUCGACUUCCGUGCGAGUACUUUUGCAGUCAGAACUCAAUGUAAACCGAUGACAAGCACUUGUUUUCCACAAACACCAAGCCAGCUUGCAGAGAAAAAGCUUCAAGGUCUCAAUGCCACUUAUCUAGGGGACGACUACGAAUUCAGUUGUACCCCUGGCUUCACUGGUGAUCUGAGGUCAAAUGGAGUCAGCGUUGCAACGGGCCUCCGUCAGACAAGCAAGACCUCGAACGGCAUCGGAUUCUCUCCGGAUGCAGCCCUCAGUCGUAUGAUCGGCAACAGUGCAAGCCAGCUGGAAUUCGGAGCCUAUACCAAUCCUUUAUAUUUUGGUGCUUGGUCGGUAGGCUUUAAAACCCUCAACGGAGCGCUUAAACUCUCCGAGGCCACCGACCCUUGGGAAGGCGAUCCAGAAAUCUAUUAUGAUCAAUACAACAAAUUCGCAUGGAUGCUGAAUUGUAGCUCUUCAAUCUACCAAGUCAGCUACGACUGGGUCAACGGGACCAUCCAGCGUUUCGAUACCACCUUGGUCGGCGACCCACUCAUUGGCGGCGUCGUCUCUUAUCCAUUCGUCUCCGGGAUAAACGUCGCCCACAGUUGCAUCGAGUGGGCAACCAUCAAAGUCCAAAAUUCCAAUGGUUCGAAUGGCAUAAGUCACGACUGGGCGGAAUAUUUCUCGUCCUGCGCCAUAUCCAUGCUUGCUUCGCCGCUGCAAGGCAUUCCACCAGUCUUGGUGCAGACGAGAGAUGACAGCUAUGCCGCCACGCGUGUCCCGAUCGUGCCACUGUUCGCCCUACUGGCCUUCAAGUUUGUAUACUGUCUAGCUGUCUUCAUUCUGGCUGUGGCAGCAUACAAAUUCACCAACCCCGCGGAGACGCAGUCUGUCAAGGAGAGGCUCUCGGUUAAAGGCCUAGCGGCGACCGCGUUCUCUGAUGGUCCAAACCACCAACAAGUUGCGGUUAAGAAUGUCGAACAGCUGUUCCAGCCUUCAGCGCCCAAAGCUCCUGACGCCGAAGCCGCCACCCCACCACCGCCAGAUCAAAAAGUCGGCAUGGUAAUGACCGAAGCUGGCGGUUGGGCUUUUGUGAAACUCGCCGCCGGCAAAGUGUAUGAUGCAGUAUCUCCGAUUUUUGAGAAGGAGCUGAUGCAGGAGGCCAACACUGGGACUUUUGGCACUGGAGGAAAAGAGGUGGCCAAUUGGGUUUCACUUGUAAAAUAA